ACAUCAUUGAACGUCUGGUCCACCAUGUAUAUAUGAGCCAUCACGAUUGACUUGGUAUAUUGUUGGCUCAGCCCGCCCUUCCACUUCAAAUUGAUUUUGUGGAGGUUAUGCCGAUGUGUUCUCGUCCGUGUUUCCCAGGUCAUGCGCAGAUGGGUUGAACAUGCUCAGAUCAGAGGAUAUCUGCACUGCCCCCAGCGCGCCUCCCGAGCAUCCUCCAUCAAUCAGCAAAACCUCAAUCCUGCGAUCUCAGUUCGGCGACACAAUGCCUCGAAGCUCGUCUCUCGAUCGUUCUCGACAGCACAAAUCUGGAAACAAGAUGCGGCGCCGCCUGCAUCGCAGGCUCCGUCCAUCGACCUCCCGAAAGCACAGGAGUUUGCAAAAGCGGUAACACGAGAUGAACAUCCAAAGAAUUCAAAGCCUACGGAAGAAGAUCACGAGUACUGGGUAGCAUUGCUAGAGAAAUAUUUGCCGAGGGAUCUGAAUCUUUCCUUCCGGGAGGGAUCGCGCACCGUAUUCGAUCGUCAAAAUGAUGCACAGGAAGUGCUUGAGAUUCUCCAAACAGCGCAACGCAGCAAAGGUCUGGAUAUCCUGACUUACAUGGUAUUAACCCAGCAUCGGCACAAAGCGGUAAUCUAUCUUGCAAACAAGAUACUGGAACCAGCACAAAAUCGGGCCGACCAGUCUACUGCCCGGGAACCGCCUUCAAACAUUCGCUGGCCGUCAGCUCCAUUAUCUGAGCUCUUGAAGGCGCCAAUAGACCUUGCUCCCGAAGCCUACGUCCGGAUCUCGUCUUCAGUAGCACUCGCAAGCGUUUAUCACGGCAGAGAAGGUGCAAGUGGCAAUGAAGCAGUCAUGCAUUUAAUGUGGCCGAUGCUGGCGAAUCUCGUCAUAGCUUCAUUGCACCUCUCGGCGGAAAAGGCUAAGCAGGUCAUGUACAUGGUCCAUCAGAUCAUCGCGCGAGUUCAUCAUGUCGGCCUGGUCCCAGCCUCUGUUUACACAUAUGCUACGCCACAAGCACCAACAACCAUUCAAUAUCCGCCGAUACUAAGUUUAUUGUCGACAAGGAUCCUGUCGACUCUUUCAGAUACUGUUUGGCGUGCUUCGCAGGAUGAGGAAAUCUCUCGGUUGUUGAAGGAGGGCAAGACUCAUAAAGACCUUCUCUCAGAUGUUCCAGGUAGUCGCUUCCGCCUCAAAAUACGGGAACUUGCACCAGCAGUAUGGGUUGAGUUUAUACUUUGGUGCUGUGUGGAGGGAGGACUUGCGUCCGCUGGAGCUCGCAUCAUCCAGGCUUUGCGUCGAGACUCCAACCACUUAUGGUCUGCUAUCCAUUGGACGGUUGGUGGCCAUGCUACAGAGAACGAGAUCCAUCAAAUCGACUGGGAGCAGGUCAAGCCCAAUUAUGGAGGAUCUACUGCAGGUCCAAUCGAAGGCUACAGUCGAGACAAGUCAUCAGUCGAGAAGCCUACCACAACCAUAAGUGCUGAGGUUGUCCUUGCCCUUGUUGAUUGCUUGAUCAAUAGCAUAGAUCAAGGUUGUGCGUAUAGCGGACUGACCAUCGCUGACGUCCAAGACAAAAUCAGCGAGGUGGUGGCUUUUCUUGAACCGCAUGGACUUGCUCCGGGCUAUUUCGAUUAUCUGACUGUGCGCAUUUUCCAAACCGAGAACUUUCGCCUGCAGACAAGCCCCGAUGCAUUGGCCAAAUGGGCAUCUGAUGUGUCGGUCCUGCGCACCCUGGAACGUGCGAAAGCACUCCGUUUCGGAAAGCCAGGAUUUUAUGUCGACUACAUAUUGGAGCAUUCUGCAUUAGAGGCAGGCAUCCUCCAUCAGUCCCUACAACGUUACAUCGAAUCCAGUCUUACCACCAAAGCUGUGGGUACCCUCACGUUACUCCAAAAGCAGGUUGAUGCAAGCAAACUCGAAGCUAUUGGCGAGUUUCUGUCACUUCAAGUAGGACCGAAGGACGGCUUCUUCACUUCUAGACCUACACAGCGCCAUACCGACUUCAUCAAUUCACAUGGUCAACUCCCCGAGUACAAGCUUCCUCUGGUCAUCAACAUGGCGACGAAAUCUAAGCUGUUCGGCUUGAGUGACUGGCUACUCUAUUCUUCCGACAUCGAUGGCCCUGUAGUGCCGGUUGAGGUCCAUGGGCGACCGUCUAUCGCGAUCGCGCUCAGUCAUCAUGCAGCUGCUAAGGACGACAUCUUCCUCAUGAAGUCGAUCUUAGCCGGAUCCGGAGAGUCGAGAAGGAAGCCAACAGUCAACCUUCUGAGAGCUCUUGCAAAUGCUCAAAUCCAUUUUCGUGCAUGGGAUGAUGUCCAUUUUCUUCUUCAGAGAUUGAAAAGGUCCGAGGCGGGCGGCUACAGUCCGGGCAUCGUCGCCAACUUGGCAUCCGCGAUAUUGCGGCUUGAAGCAGAAACAAAGCGACAGCGGCAGGAGCAAUAUGAUCCGGACGAUGCUGAUCUCAAACAAGCCGAAAGGUUUCUCGGUCAGAUUCUGAGCGGUCGCUAUGAUGCGCCAAAAGCAGACUUCAACGUCCUUCAGAAAAAGACUUUUAGACAACAAAUUGGCUUUCUGCUGCGUUUCCUAGAAGACAUUCCGGACAGCCGUGUACGAGACAUUGCUGCUUCCUACAUAAACAAGUUUCCUGUCAGCAACAGUCCGAACCUUGACUUGGAUACAUUUCAUGCUAUCUUUUCCGCAGUCGUCGAGGUCAAAGGUGCUCUAGAGGGCCGCCGCAUGUGGGACAUAUUUUGCAAAUUGCCCAGUCUAUCAAACCCUACGACGCUCGGUGAUGAUGGCCUGUCGCAGCUUCCUCAACUCGGGGCCGAAGAACACAAACACGAUCCCCGAUCAAGUCGACGCAUGCGCUCUACUACGUCUGGAUCAGUCAGUAAACAAGCAGGUUCUCUCUCUGAAAACCUCGAGGAUACACCAGAAGCGAGUGUGAUGCAAUCAGCAGAGUCUGGAGAAGUUCGACUGCCGAACGACUCAAUUCGAAUCCCGUCAAUCGAUUCCGAUGUUCCUUCUCUCAGCAGUCGACUGUCGCAAGGUUCAGAUAUGUUGUCGUCACUUGCCGCCCAUGUGGAAGAUCCAUCCUCAGACAUUCCCUUUGAUUCAAUUGGUUAUGAUGACCCAGACCAAGACAAUCUCACGGUGAAUCCGAUUGUAGUGCCUGACCUUCACACCUUGCAAAUCCUGGUGAGAGGUGCGCUGGCCGACAAGCAAUCCUCGAGAGCACUUUCAAACGACGCCGAUGCUGAAUUGGAAAACCUUCUCGCAUGGGCCGCGAACAUUGCUAGGACUUUCGACUUGUCCUCAGAAGAUAUCCAGAGAGAACUCAACAUACCUGCAAAUUUUCACGACGCUCUGGUGUUGCCGAUGACCUUUCGAGCCAGGAUGAGACGGAGCUAUAAGCGUGCACAUAAAGCAAUGGACGUGUCCAGCUAUUUCACUCGUGGAGUACUCGGUCCGAAGCAAGGCUAUCUAAAAAGGAUCGAGAACAAGGGGAAGCGAUGAAGCGUAUAGGGUGGUGUGGCCUUGCACAGAGACUAUUACUGUCAUAUACAUGUACACCAUAAUAUUGCAUAGCGAUGGCGUAAGU